AUGGGCAUCCGAGGCUUGCUGCAAGCUGCCGUGCUCCUGCUGCUCAUCAGGACUUGGCUCGCAGACAGCAACGACCCCAGUCCUACCCCGAAAUUCCACUUCGAGCCAUCCUCCAGCAUGCCCGAAGUCAUCCUGGAUCUCUUCAACUGCAAAAAUUGUGCAAAUGAAGCUGUGGUUCAUAAGAUUUUGGACAGGGUGCUGUCAACAUAUGAUGUCCGACUGAGACCAAAUUUUGGAGGUGCCCCUGUGCCCGUGUCCGUAUCUAUCUAUGUCUCCAGUAUUGAACAGAUCUCAGAAAUAAAUAUGGACUACACAAUCACUAUGUUUUUGCAUCAGACCUGGAAGGACAAGCGCUUAGCAUACUAUGAGACCAACCAGAACCUGACUCUGGACUAUCGUAUGCACGAGAAGCUGUGGGUCCCUGACUGCUACUUUGUGAAUAGCAAAAAUACCUUUGUACAUGAUGUAACUGUGGAGAAUCGUGUGUUUCAGCUCCACCCAGAUGGGACAGUGCGAUAUGGCAUCCGACUCACCACAACAGCAGCCUGUUCCCUGGAUCUGCGAAAAUUCCCUUUGGACAAGCAAGCCUGCAAACUGGAGGUGGAGAGCUAUGGCUAUACUAUGGAAGACAUUGUAUUAUCCUGGGAAGAUGAGAAUGCCAUCCACAUUACUGAUGAGCUGCACAUCCCUCAGUUCACCUACCUGGGGAGGACAAUUACUAGCAAGGAGGUGUAUUUCUACACAGGCUCCUACAUGCGCCUGAUAGUGAAGUUCGAAGUUCAGAGGGAAGUCCGCAGCUACCUUGUGCAGGUCUAUUGGCCCACGGUCCUCACCACCAUUCUCUCCUGGAUAUCAUUUUGGAUGAACUAUGAUUCCUCUGCAGCCAGGGUGACAAUUGGCUUAUCUUCUAUUCUUGUCCUGACUACCAUCGACUCACAUAUGCGGGAUAAACUCCCCCAUAUUUCCUGUAUCAAAGCCAUUGACAUCUACAUCCUUGUGUGCCUGUUCUUCGUGUUCCUGUCCCUGCUGGAGUAUGUCUACAUCAACUACCUUUUCUUCAGCCGAGGACCUCGACGCAAUCGCAGGAGAUACAAGAAACCCAGGAAGGUUGUUGCCCGAUACCGCUACCAAGAAGUGGUGGUGGAAAACGUGCAGGAUGGCCUGAUUAAUGUGGAAGACAGAGUGGAGGACAGAGCUGCUCCCCUUCCUGACAGCCCCAUGCAGGCUCAUCUGGCAAGUCAGGAAAGUCUUGGAUCCUUGGUGUUUACCUCAGAGCAGGCCCAACUGGCUACCUCGGAAAGCCUCAGCCCACUGUCUUGUACCUCAAUCCAGGCGCAACUGGCCACUGGAGAAAGCCUGAGUGAUCUGCCCUCCACCUCUCAGCAAACACUGAAUGACUGUACCAUCCACUUGCAUGGCUUCCUCACUAAUGACAGCAUUGUCCCCAUCGAAAUCUGCAACCAUUCUGAGGCCUGUGAUGAUGAAGACUCUGAAGAGAGCCUAAGCUCUGAUGAAAGCCAUGGCCAUGACAGCAGCCCCAGUGGAAGGUUCAUGUUCCCCAGUGGCCAGAGGUGUGUGCAAGAAGCAAGUUGGGACCUUGAUAAGAUUGAGAGCUUACAGGAUGACAUCAGUAUCAAGAGCAGCUGGCUUGGCCUUGAUGAACCACGCAAGGUGGAAGCUGACAGUACCUGGAGCCUUACUGAUGAGGAGCUCAUGGCCUGUGACCAAGAGAAGGAUCAUAGCUCAGAGUCUGAGGAGAGUUGUCCCCCAAGCCCUGGGUGCUCCUUCAGUGAAGGGUUCUCUUUCCAGAUCUUUAAGCCUGACCGGGUCCCGAAGGUUGAUAGGUGGUCCCGUUUCCUCUUCCCUCUUUCCUUUGGGUUGUUCAAUGUGGUUUACUGGUUGUACCACAUCUAUUAGUUUCCUAUACCCCCACAGCAGCAAAGAUACUAUCAUGUGUUUCCUUCAUAGUUCCUUCAGUUUUGUUUUUCCCGCUUCCCAUUGUUCAUUUUACCUGGCAGUUGUUAGGGCAAUCAAACCUGUUGGGCCCUUUUCUUUAUUAUGAGGUGGAGAGAAAAUGGAGAGAACAUGUAGCCAGAGGGUAAGGGAUUGAGGAAGACUUGAAGAUAAAUUGCACAUUGAUUUCCUCCUGCCAGAAGACUACUACCUUUCAAACACUUUGAACAGUCCAUCAGCCUAGAAAUGCCUUUGAAAAUGUUUAGAGGACAGAGAAGAGCCAGGCUGAGGAAUGAGGAGAAUCUGAGCCUAGUUCACAAACAUUCCUGGGAGCUUUCUUUUCAGUCCCCUCAAGGUGUUGACAUUGCUUUGGCAUCGCUUUUUUUCUUCCUAUGGGCAUCAGGCACCUUGUCUGCCUGCUAAAAGGGGCUUUGGGAGAUGUCAAGCCAAGUUGGCCUGGGGUACGCAGAGGAGGGGCUAGGCAUAGCUUGGAUAUGCUGACAAAAGGAAAGUUGGAAAACAUUUGUAAGUGCCUUGUACUUUGAGUGUGGAAUUGUGGUACAGGAGUGGGAAGGGCAGGUGGGAGGAACUGCAAAGAGACAUAGCAGGGGAAGGGAGAAUGCAUGCUUCUAGCCAGAGUAGGUAGGACAAGGGGGCGGUGCCAGACUGGAGUUUGUAUGUGUUCAGAUGCUCCCUUUAAAGUUAUUAGACCUUCUCAUGCCUAUAUUUCUACUUUGCAUUGCCUGACAGUAGGGACUCGGUACUUCUGUUCAGGUAGGAGUUAGCUUUCUAUUGAUGCUGAGUUGAUUACUAGUUACAGUCAAAGCACUUGGUGAGUAAGCACUAGUUGAGAAAGUUCAGACUUGAUAUUUCACCACUGGCCUAGGAUAGCAUAUGGACAACUAUUAUGAAUCUAUAUACUAAUCCUUUUUGUUUGUCUAGUGCAUAAUAAGUGUCAACGAACUCCCUGAGCCAUCACAUCGUUGGAUCCUCACAGGAGCCCUGUAAGCCAGGGAAGACAAAGCACCUUGUCCCCAGUGUUCCAAGGACAAAGUAGAGCUUUUGUGCCAUGCUUAUGGAUGCUUGUUCUUUCUCCUUCUCUGCCUAACUCACAGCUGAUGCACUCCCCUACUGCCCCUUCCCUUUGCUCAAAGGGAUACCCUACAGAACUGCCUGCCAGGCUGCCAAGCUCACUGAACAGCACCUAGAGUGUCUUUGUAGGAAGAGGCUACUGAGCAGCCACUGAACAUGGACUGAACGGCCCCGCCUACUCAACAGGGCUCCUGAUGAGAGUAGGAUGAACCUGCACACCGAUCUGCCAAGAAGUACCAGCUCAUUGAUGGAGGUCAUGAGGGGGCUUUGCCAAGCACUCAAUCUGUUCCCCCCUUCCUCUAUAGGCAGCCUCUCCUUCCACCCUAUACCCCACUGCCCACCCACCUCCUUAACUGUACUUCUGUUUUUAUACAUUUCUGUGUAUCCCUGGAGAUGAGUGUGCAUGCAUCCAAGUAGGUCUAGUGCCAUAUAGCCAUUUGAGAAGAUGAAUAGCACUACAGUAGUGUAAAUAUAUGUUAGUAUGUAUGAAUGUAUAUCUGCACUGUGUGGGUGAAUAAUUUAUGUGUAUGUAUCUCUAUGAGAGUGUCAGUUUGUACAUAUGUACUUACAUUAGCACAGGUGAAUGCAUGAUAUGUACAUUUCUAGAAAGUGUAUGUCUGUAUACCUGUGUUUAGUUGG